AUGGGCGUAUCGAUAAAUGCGCAGAUGGGUGAAAAUCAGGAUUUCUACAUCGCAAUUACUCGAAUUUUCGAAUUACUUUUCAAAAACCUGCGUUAUCCGUGGCUUUGGGUAAAGCCAAUUUGGUACGCUCUUGGUUACGGAGCUGAAUAUGACAAACAUGUAGAUAUCGUGCGCAGCCUGGUUGUCAAGGUCAGUGCAUUUCAGUGGCCUGAUGAAUGUCGGCAUUCGCUCCCAUCUUUGAUGGUUGGGCCACAAAGCUGCGACGUAAUGAAGGUAAUCGAAGAAAGAAAACGAGAAUUUGAAAACAUGGAAAAUGAGCCAACUUUUGAGGAACUGUCAACAAGUGCAAGAAAAUUGGCCUUCUUGGAUUUGUUGCUAAGUAUGAGGAAAGAGCAUAAGCUAACUGAUGAUGAUAUCAUGGAAGAAGUCGGAACAUUUAUGGUUGCAGGUUUCCGUAAUCUAUGUUAUCUGAAUCUUUGCGAAUGA